AUGUCUCGCGCUGUGUUAAUCUGCGGCGCAACUGGGAAGCAAGGCGGUGCUGUGAUCGACCAACUCAUCCAGCAACAAGCCGACUUCGAGAUCCUCGCGGUUACCCGGGACCCCAUCUCCGCGUCCGCACAGCGACUGUUGCAGAAGUCCAAGAACAUCAAGCUCGUACAGGGAAACAUGUCGGAGGCCUCGGCGCUUCUGAAGGCCGCGAAAGAGGUCGCCGGAAAGCCCGUCUGGGGAGUCUUUAGCGUCCAGGCUGUUAUGGGAACCAACCAAGGUGGUCUUGAUGAGGCAGGCCAGGGGAAAGCUCUAGUCGACGCAGCGCUCGAAGCCGGGGUUGAGUUCUUCGUCUACUCGUCUGUCGACCGUCACGGAGAUUCUUCACUCGACAACCCCACGGAUGUGCCUCACUUCAUUUCCAAGCACCAGAUCGAACAGCGUCUAAUUGCGAAGUCCAAGGGAUCCAACAUGAAAUGGUCGAUUCUUCGGCCCGUGGCGUUCAUGGACAACUUCACGGAUGACUUCAUGGGUCGAGUGUUCGUCACAGCGUGGAAGAUGGCUGUGAAGGAGAAGCCAUUGCAGUUGAUCGCGACGAGAGACAUCGGUUUCUUUGGCGCCCAAGCCUUCAUGAAGCCGGAAGAGUAUCGGGGGAAGGGCCUCUCGUUGGCUGGCGAUGAGGUCACCUUUGACGAAAUGAGUCGAGUGUUCAAGAAGGUUACUGGAGCGCCACCGGCUGGGACGUGGAGGUUCUUUCCUUGGCUCUUUAUGGCCUUGAUGAAGGACUUUGGAAGAAUGUUUAGAUGGUUCUAUGAUGUUGGUUACGCAGCGGAUGUUCCGACUCUGAAGAAGGAAUACCCGGCGAUGAAGGAUCUGGAGACUUGGCUGAAAACCGAAAGCGACUUCAGGAAGCGGGCUAACUAA